GACCUCUGCCAGCUUGUGCCCUGCUUUGAGGCCCACCGGUGUUGGCCCUGGGACAUUGGUCCCAAGAUGGUGACCAGGGGGCAGGGCACCUGUCAAGGGGCGGGGCUACCAAUGCAGCCCUCAACAGCCUGCCAAAACUGGCUUUUUAGUGGCGAGAUGUAUCUGCAGUUGAAUUCUGCCUAGUCUGCAGUUUUUCUUUCAAGGGACUCUUCUAGUCAUCAGUGUCCAUCACAUUAAAGAGUUGCUGGCUCUGGCUGAAGAUUCAGAAUGGGAGACAAGCCUAUUUGGGAGCAGAUUGGAUCCAGCUUUGUACAACAUUACUAUCAGCUCUUCGAUACUGACAGGACUCAUUUAGGAGCAAUAUAUAUUGAUGCAUCAUGCCUUACAUGGGAAGGGCAGCAAUUCCAGGGCAAAGCAGCUAUAGUUGAAAAACUCUCCAGCCUCCCCUUUCAGAAAAUACAGCACAGCAUCACAGCACAAGACCACCAGCCUACUCCUGACAGCUGCAUACUCAGUAUGGUAGUGGGACAACUUAAGGCUGAUGAAGAUCCAAUCAUGGGAUUCCACCAGAUGUUUCUAUUAAAGAACAUCAAUGAUGCCUGGGUUUGCACCAAUGACAUGUUCAGGCUAGCGUUGCACAACUUUGGCUGAGCUGGCAUCCCCCAGGCACCAGUGCUUUCUUUCUCUUCUCCUCUUCCUGAUAUUAUUCACACUCACGGAACAUUCCAAAUAUCAUACACAAACCUGCAACACCGCAGCGAGUGAGUGAGCAAGACCUGUGAUCUGCCCUUCUGCUGAGUUUACAUUGUCACUAGAUGAGUUCCUUGUGCAUGAUGUUUGGAAGUUAGACUUAGCUGCAUUUGACAAGAGAAAUUUGUGUUGUACCAGCAUGCCUCGGAAAGAAUCCAUAAUGCAAAAGGUUGCUUGUUUAUGUACUGACAAGUUGCUUUAGUAACCCAAAGAAAUGAAAGGAAAGAACAGCAGCCUAUACAGCCCAGAUAUUCAUUUGUUCAGAUGUUUCAAUGCUACAUUACACAAUAAAACCAUGAGAUUUUCUUAACAGUUUAAAUUGUUUUAAUGAGUGCAUAACUGUAAAUUUUUACAGUCAAUUCUUUGGUUCUCCCGUGUCUGCCUCUCUGGGAAAUGUUUACAGAUCUAAAACCCUUGUAACCUUUUAGUGCUAACAGAACACUCCAUCCAUGUUUUACUGUUGCAGGUUAGGGCAAAUAUGCCUUUGCCAUAGAUAUAGAUAUCUUCUCUUCCCUAUCCCCCUCAGCAUGGAGGCUUUGGGCUCAAAUGUUGAUAUUCCCCUUUAAAAGACUCGAUUUUGAAGUUUUUUCUUUAAUGUAUUAAUCUUUCUACAUAAAACAGAAGAUAAUGCAUAAUCUUGACAAUCCUGGUGACUUGCAUAAGUUGAUAUCUGUCAUAACACUUGCUGUGAUGUCAGUCAUUGCCGAGCCUUCCCUGCUAAAUAUGCCAGCAGUAUUUCCCCUGUGUUUAAACACUGGGUAAUAUAACUUCCAACUUCCCUAAUUGUCUGUAGAACCUUGAGGGGGUUUCUGGUUCCUUUUUCAAAAUUGCAUUUAGCUUCAGUGUCCUGGCUAAAUUCCUGUUCUGGUUUAGCUUAUCUAAACCUGUCCUGCAGUUUUGAGUUGGGUAUGGCAUUCUUUGUACUCUGUCCUAAACCAAUGCAUAGUGUUCUUAAUAUUAUGCAGCCAGCUGCUACAUGUUGCCCCAAGGGUGGCAGCAUUUCACUAGUGAAGUGCAUUUAUCAAGUAUGUUUAUAUUUUCCAAGAUAAAAAAGUGCCACAUAAAUAGGAUUGGAUUCUUCACUUCAUAGCUGAAUAGCCUGCUGGUUCCAGAUUUCAAGGGCUCAGUAUGCCCAGCUUGGUCUGAUUUUUUUUUUUUUUCCAAAAAUGCACAGAACUCUGCAGUUUUGACUUUUAAGAAGCCAAGAAAACUCAGUAUGAUGUGCUUAGCUGCUCAAUUCCUGAAUUUCUGGCCACUUAAUUUGGUGUCUAAAUUGGAGUUGAGCUUUCAUGAAAACUGAUCUUGGGGCUCUCUAAAAUGAUAUAAUAAAUGUACUGUCUUUGUUUUUAGUAGUAUUAGCAGUAACUUGCUCUUCUAUUCCUCACUGUCUGUUUAAAAGUUAAAUGGAAAUAGAAUACUGAAUUUCCUAAUAUGCUCCUUUGGCAUAGAAAUAAUUCACAGUGUUAAUCCCUCCAAGGAAUUAGUCCUUAAGAGAAAGAUCCAUAUAAACAAAAGAGCCAUUCUUUGUGGUCAGGAGCUACUGGAAAAGCCUUCUUUAUGGUAUUAGCCUCCAGUUCCAAAUGCUUCCAGUCCACUCUGGAAUCUGAGGGAGAAGGUCUGACUCUCCAGUCGAACCUGGUCUGCAGAAAGAUCUUGUCCACCAAGCCUGGUUGGUCCCUGAGCAUCAGCAACCAACUCGAUGGUUAAGAGCAUGUGAGUAGAUUAAAUACCAGAGUUGAGGGAUGCCCCUGAUGGGUCUUUUAAAAAAAAAAUCUCUCAGUAUAUGACCUCUUGCUUCUGGCAGGCUUUCUGACCUUCAGAGAAGAGAGCUAUUAGCUGCCCUUUGAAGCUUCUUGCAUAACAUUAUACUUUUCCCUUUCUCCACAUUCUGCUGUUCAGCCCUGGUUCGCUAACCAGAGGAGACAUAAGUGCCAAUUUUACUUCCUAAGUGAGCCAAUGCUGCAUAAAAUGCUUCUGGGAAACCAGUGCAUUCCUCGAGCCCUUAGUAUGCGGACAAACUUGCUGUCUCUUAGUAACUGCUUCAGCUCAAGGACUUCUUUUAAGAAGAGAAGCCAUUUGGUCCAACAUUAACUGUUGUAUUGAUGGGUCAUGCACUAGUAUCCAUUGCUCGUGGCAAAUGUUGGACUGAAGACUAGUCACUUUCAAAUGUUAAGAAGGCUUUUAAGAGGGAUAGGGACAGGUAAAGUUGCUGCCCCUUUUAAUUCUCUUAGGUGGGAGAAGGUUGAAUUCUUUAUACCUGAGAUUCUUAUAAGCAGCCUGUCUUGUCCUGCCCACACUGAAUGAGAUUUGGAACCAUCUCAUGCUUAGCUGGGCUGGAACAUCAUGUUGGCCUUAAUAUUAGCAGUGUUAAUAGCCAUAUUAAAAAGGUGCCUUAAGAAAACUCCUUGAAUGUGAUUCUUGCAGGCAUUGGGCACUCCACCUACUCCCAUGUGUUGGCUAGAGGAUGGGCAAGGGAAGACCAUUUUCUCUGCAUCUAAGACAGGAAUGACUAGCUUAUGUUUGCAAUUAACUUCUCAUUGUGAAUAUUACCCUCCAACCCUAGUGUAUUUAUAGUUUAUUUUUCUUGAUGGCAAUUAUGUACUGCAGUUGCAGGCAGUAUAGAUAAAUAUCUAGAUUUGUCUUGGCUAGGGAAAAUGAGUUCUGAUCCUGGCCCAAACUGAAGGGGGAGAAUUUUUAAGGUAGCCUGCACCAUAGACUUGAAAUUUCUUCAGUUGUGGAAAAUGGCACCCAAGAGGCAUUGUGAAAAAGCUGUGCCAAAUGUAUGACCACCUGGCCCGGUCUAUUAGCUAUCAUGCCAGAGCUGCUUUUUUGUGAAUGGACUGGAAAGCCUUUAUGCUUUUUGUCACAAAUAGGAUGACUACGUUACCUCUCUCUAAGCUAAUACUUCAAAUGUGACCCUCCUUCAGAAUACCUCUGGGUCAUUAUUUCUGUCCACUAGAUGUAAAAAUAAAAUGUUACCAAGAGUUUUGCAUAUGUAUUACUGAAUAAAACUUGGCAGUAGGUGUUGGGAGAGAGCUUACACAGUACCAUAUGGAGGGCAUUCUACAUACUUAGAGGAAAACAUCUUUGUAAAAUUGUAGACAAUAUUCAGCAAUAGCUUUGCAGGUAAUAAAUCAGGUGAACAGUUAUGUGGAGUAAAAUUAUACAUUUAAUAUAAACUAUUGUAUGAUGUUGGCUUGCUCUGAUUGUACCUGUGACAAAUGUGUUAAUAAAGAUUUCUUUAACAAAUGUUA